AAAGGAUCCUGACGGGGUUCCUCACGGACACUUGGGACUCGGGAUGGGGUGGUAAAGGUGCAGGGAUCACCAGCUCUCUGCCUUCUGUCCGGGCAUCGCGGCGGAGUGAGGUUGCCCUGCAGUCACUGUGAUGGCCAGACAAGAAUCUCAAGAGAGAAACUAUGACAGUAUGCUAAAGAUGGUGGAGGAUCUGAACAAGGACCUAGAAAAACUUCUGGAGGAAAUGGAAAAACUGACAGUGCAGGCAACCUGGAUGGCAUAUGACAUGGUAGUAAUGCGUACUAACCCUGACCUGACCAAUUCCAUGAGGCGUUUGGAAGAUGCCUUCCUGAACUGCAGAGAAGAAAUGGAGAAAAAAUGGCAGGAAGUGCUGAGAGAAUCUAAAGGUGAAGAGCCAAAAAAGGAAUGAGUUGAAUUUAGUCAUGCUGGCAGAACUGUAUCCCUUGGAAAGUCUCCAGUUUUUUUGUAUUCCAGUCAUGGAGGUUUCACAAACACCAUGGAAAACGAAUUGCUGUUCUUCUUACUAAGAACUAUGUAUACGUUUACAUUUGUGGAAAUAUUUUUAUGAUAUAUUAAUAUUGUUGAAGAUAAAAGGUAACUAUGCUUCUAUUUUUUAUUAUGCUCACGUUGUAGUGUAUGUGCAUACAGAAUUUAGGUGCUAUACAUGGGUUAUUUUUCCUGCAAGACCACACUUACUUCAUAGUCAAUAUUUGUAUGUGCAAUUCUUUGAUCCCUGAACAAACCGAGUGGGGGGAGAAGGGGAGGCUGUGUAGUACACAGCUACACUAAUGUGCUUUUCAAGGAAAACUAAGUAUUUUAUUACUAUUAUUAUUAUUAUUUAACCAAAUUAACAAUUCUAGAUUUACAGACUCAUCAUGUUAGCUUGAUGUGAGAUCACCUACUAGGUAUUCAUUGACAGAACUUUAUUGUUAGCUAGCUCACCUGUAAUUUCUUUCGUUUUAUUUCCUGAAGGUAACGUCUCAUUUAAGAAAAAAAAUGUUCACAGUUAUUAACUACACUUUGGUCUGUGGGAUUGCUGCUGAAACCAAAUGAAUCUUAUUGUGAAACAUGCCUUUCUAUGUUCCUGCUGUAUAUUAUUAAAAAAGAAUAGAAAGAAAAUAUUUUGUAGUCAAGAUGCAGACUAAGAGCACCACCUUGUGGCUUGCAGUUAAUUCAUAAAUAUUUUAUCUAAGCUGGAAAGCCAUGUGAGUUUCCAUUAUUCAUCGGGCAGAUUUCUAGCGAGCAGCAACAUAGCAUGUAAUAGCACCCUAAAGUAAUGUCAACUUGCCCUCCCUCCCCCCAAUUAUACUUAGUGCUUCUAGAGGCAGAUGGAAAGUUUGAUCUACAUUCUUGACUUCUGUUGCAGUAGGUAGGUCUUCGUUCCAGCCAAGGUAGGGCAAAAUAGCAGAACUUGAGGAAUCUUGCAAUUUCAUCACUCCUUGGAGGACCUUCAUGGCCUGCUUUCACUUUAGUACCUUGACUGUCAUCCCCCUUCUUUAAAUCUGCAUUAAGAACUUUUAGUUUUUUUGAAGUGACACAAGUCUUUUAAUUGUUCAUGUGGAGAUCUCCUCAAUCUUAUGAUUAUGUGGUGUAACCUUUUGGUCAUCCUUUUUCUUACUCAUGGAUGUUCUUACCCUAGUAAUCACGUGCCCAACAAACACCCAGCUGUGAUGAGUGGUAGGGAGAGAAGUUGGAAAGAGAACAAAACACUGCAUGUUAGGGCUGUAUUUUGCUUGGAGGAUCUGGCUACUUUAGUAGACUGAACUGCAUUUUCCUCUCUAAACUUUUCUUUCCAGCUGCAUAAUGAUAAUCACAGGGGAGAUGCACCAGAACCGGGACAAGAUUAUUACACUUGUCUUUCACUACUACUAACUGUUUUUUUGAGAUUUAUUAAUCAUGAAUUUGAAGGGAUUUGUUUCGUACAUCUCACCAUCUUCCACAUUUCAGCCCAGUCAGAUACCUUAGACCUGCAACAGAAACAUACUGAAAUACACUGAUGUCCUGUGACAGGGGUAUGCAUUACAAAUUUAAUUUACAAAAGUAAAAAGGUGCUGGAUCAACAUCUUCAUCUAGUGUUCACAUAAACAGUAAUCGAGGUCGCUGGGUGGACACCUCUAUCAUCCAUCAUGGAAUAUUUUUGUAAUGAAAAGUAUCAGUAACAGUUAAGCUUUAUGCUCACUUGCAGUGAACUCCACUUAUGUGAUUUCAGCCUGUACACCAGUUAUACACAGGUACUUCCUGUACUGUAUUUCACAGAAAAGCACGUUUCUGCGCAACAGCCACAAGAGCAAGAGAAGCUGGAACUGGUGGACUGCCAAUCUGUGUGCCCAAAUAUAGCAGUAAGGAAUUUUCUUUCCUUGGCUAUUCUUUCCUAAGCUUCUGAUGGUAACAUUUCAUAAGCAAGAUACAAAUCAGCUGAACUUUGUUGGUAGUUGUUUUACACACAGAUCUGGACAGACAGUAGAAUUUGUUAAUGCUAAUUCAUAUUGCAUGAAUAAAGACAGUGCUCAUCACAA